AUGACACGAACAUCGACCGCUGAUACCCAUACGAAAGAAGGAAUUAUUUCAGUUACUUUCUUCUUCUUCUUCUUCUUCUUCUUCUUCUUCUUCUUCUUCUUUCUGUCGUUCUUUCAGGAUUCGCCUUCACACACACACAGACACACACAGACACACACACGCAUAUAUAUAAAUUUCUUAUAUUUCUAUAUAUAUUUCAACAUUUUCAUCUCUCUUUCUUUCUCUCCUUAUAUAUUUCAACAUAUUUCUCACCAUUUUCAUCUCUUUAUAUAUAAUCUCAACAAUUUAAUUUCUUUCUUUCUUUCUAUCUAUCUAUCUAUCUAUCUAUCUAUCUAUCUAUCUAUCUAUCUAUCUAUCUAUCUCAGUAUGUUCAUUAUCUAUCUCAGUAUGAACCUCUCUCUCUAUCUCAGUAUGUUUACUCUCUCUCUCUCUCUCUAUCUAUCUAUCUAUCUAUCUAUGUGCCAUAUGAGUUUUAUAUCCUUGUCAUCUAUUAAUGUAUUUUCAAUGAAAAUCAUUUAA